AUGAGAAGAAAUAAAAUCAUCUCUUUAAAUGAAAACAGCUUUUCUUCUCUCCGGAUGUUAGAUGAAUUAGACCUGGCUAACAACAAGAUUGAAUCACUUCCUCCAUAUAUAUUUAAGGAUUUAAAGGAGCUUUCACAACUGAACCUUUCUUAUAAUCCAAUUAAGAAAAUACAGAUGGACCAGUUUGAUUUUCUAACUAAACUCAAAUCCCUCAGCUUAGAGGGCAUUGAGAUUGGAAACAUUCAGAGAAGAAUGUUCAGACCGCUUAGAAACCUUUCCCACAUAUACUUUAAGAAAUUUCAGUACUGUGGAUAUGCCCCUCACGUGCGCAGCUGCAAGCCAAAUACAGAUGGGAUUUCCUCCCUUGAGAACCUCUUAGCCAGCAUUAUCCAGAGAGUGUUUGUGUGGGUGGUAUCCGCCGUCACUUGCUUUGGGAAUAUUUUCGUUAUCUGCAUGAGGCCUUACAUCAGGUCGGAGAACAAGCUGCACGCCAUCUCCAUCAUGUCCCUCUGCUGUGCUGACUGUCUGAUGGGAAUAUAUUUAUUUGUGAUUGGAGCUUUUGAUCUAAAAUAUCGUGGAGAAUACAACAAGCACGCUCAGUUAUGGAUGGACAGUAUUCAUUGUCAGUUGGUGGGAUCGCUGGCUAUUCUGUCUACAGAGGUGUCAGUUUUGCUAUUGACUUACCUGACUUUGGAAAAAUACAUCUGCAUAGUUUAUCCUUUUAGGUGUUUGAAGCCCAGAAAAUGCAGGACAAUUUCUGUUUUGAUUCUUAUCUGGAUAAUUGGGUUUGCUGUUGCUUUUAUCCCACUGAGCAAUAAGGAAUUUUUCAGGAACUACUAUGGCACCAAUGGCGUCUGUUUUCCUCUUCACUCAGAACAAUCAGAAAGUUCAGGAAGUCAGAUUUAUUCUGUUGUCAUUUUUUUAGGUGUAAAUUUGGCAGCUUUCAUCAUCAUUGUGUUUUCCUAUGGGAGUAUGUUCUACAGCGUUCACCAGACAGCUAUUACGGCUACUGAAAUUCGGAAUCAUAUUAAAAAAGAAAUGACUCUUGCUAAGCGUUUCUUCUUCAUUGUAUUUACUGAUGCACUAUGCUGGAUACCCAUUUUUAUCUUGAAACUCCUUUCUCUACUUCAAGUAGACAUACCAGGUACCAUAACUUCUUGGGUGGUGAUCUUUAUACUGCCAAUAAACAGUGCUUUGAAUCCUCUUCUCUACACUCUGACUACACGACCUUUCAAAGAAAUGAUUCAUCAGGUCUGGCACAAUUACAGACAAAGAAGAUCCAAAAGAGGCAAAGGCAGUCAGAAAACAUAUGGUCCAUCUUUCAUUUGGGUAGAGAUGUGGCCAGCGCAUGAAAUCAAACCAAAGCUUUCGAAGCCUGUUCUUUGUACAGACUCCUCUGAAGCAUCAGUGACCACGCAGUCCAACCGACUGAACUCAUGCCCAUAACUACCCUGUGAA